CGAAGAAAGAGCUGUCAAAACAAAACAGAAACCGGCUUUGAAGUUACCGUGCGAAUUUUGACAACAAAACUUAAAACUUAUCUAAAAAGUUACGGGAAAUAUGUGUAUUAGAAAAAUGUUGGCUAUUUAUUACUUCAAUGAAUUGUGCUAAAAUGACCAAUCCUCAGUACAGCUUUGCCUUCAGCAAGAAGUUGAUCGAAACAUUGGCCAAACAUUUCGAGGAAGUCCAACGGGACGAACAGAGUGGCUGGAAGCGGAUCGCCCUUGAGCUGAACGAUUUCGACGGCGUGCCGCUGCAAAGCUGGCAAGAGCUGCGGGCAUACUUCAAGAGAAGUCUCGUGUUUAAACUUUCCAAAACGCGAUUCACCGACGAUCAGGAGCUGAUCGACCGCCUUCAGUAUCCGUACCUACGGAAGGUGUACUCCAUCACCGUCAGCUUCGUGGACAAGGCCCCGAAUGAAAAGGAAAACGCCGAAGACAACGUACUUUUCACCAAAUCUGUCCUCGAUGGAACGUACGAUCCGGCUGUGGUGGCCGUGUACAAGCGUUACGCAUGCAAAGGAAGGAGGGUUUUCGUCUACAUCAACGUGAACGACCCACGGUACAAGCUGCGCGCCGACCAGCGAGAGCUGCUGAUGCAAAUCGAGCAACGAAGGGCACGUAAGCACAAACCAGUCCGCCAGUUGGAAGCUGGCGUGUGGCACGAUGCGGCCAGCGGUUCACGAGUGGGUGGCACGGAGGGUGAUCCGGUGGUGAUCGAACAGGUCGCCAGUCCAGUGCAGAAAGCGAAUGGUUCCGUCCGAAGACUGCUGGACGACGAAUCGCUCGAUAUCAACACCCAGGAGUACGAGCAGAUGAUGAAAGAUUCCCUCGAACCGCAGCUUCCGUCGCUACCCAAAAGGCGUCGCUUCACUAUAGACAGUACCGUUGAUUCCGAAGAGGAGCAGGACGAAUUAGAAGCAACAAGUGUCAUCGAUUUGACCUCGUCCGACAGUGAAUGCCAGAACAGCAUCGUGUUCGUAGAUCCAAACGAUCAAUUCGCAAACUCUCUAAUCAAUGCCACCCAUGAUCCGUUGCAAAUGUCCAACGCCCAGCUUGAGGCCAACUCCCAAGAGUCCCAAGAAGGUGGAGAAAAGGACACAGUUACGUCCGAACCUCUGUUUACGCCGUCCAGCGGUGAGAGCGCCAAGAACAACUCCGAACAUCCUGUAGAACCGGAGCAAACUGUUUCGCAGGAGCCCGCUAGAAAGGCAGAGGUUCAAAAUGUGUCAUCCGACGCCGUACCCGUGGUUCAAUCUUCCUCCAGUGCGAAGACAUUAAUGGCCGACAUCGCUGCAAUAACAAACCAACACGAAGUGCCUCUACAACUCCCCAACAAGGCUCCGAUUGACGAAGAGAGGUCGACAGCGCCAGCGUCAUCGGAGAUUAUUCGUGCGGAGGACCUCGUGGCCAAGAGUCAACCUCCGACGUUGAUUCUGAAGGAAGAACCAUCGCCGGCAGGGGAAAGUCGACCACCGGUGACGGUGAAAGAGGAAUCGCUGGACGAUCCUCCCGCCCGGUCGGCGAAAAAGGUUGGAAACAACCCAGCGGUACCGAGUGGAUCCGGGAGUGGGGAAUUAGCUGUGCCGUCGACCAACACCGGAUGUGUGGCCCGGACUGCCGACGCUUCGAAUGCAAAGAGCACAACCGGAACGAUUCCGACCGAACAGCGUACCAUUACUGCUGAGCAGGUUUCUACCAAGACCGUGGAGGAAAAACGGCCAACCGUGGUGGAGGUGGCAUCACCGCCGAUCAAGAAUGCGGAAGACCUUUUCAACAGACUAUCCGGCACAGUAACUGACGGACCUGGAGGCGACUCAGCAGCGGUUCAAAGUGAGGAACCCCCGGUGCCGUCAUCCAACGCUGAAAACGAACUCCACGCUCCCUCCGUUGAGAUCGUACAAACGCAACCUGAAAUUGCUGGGACCGCGAAGAAAGUCCAACCAGCAGUUGUGAAGGUGGAACCGCCGGACAGUGCCAAACCGAAGAUGACCAUUUCGGCUAGCUUGCUGGCGGUAUUCGAUAAACUUGACGCAAUGUUCGACGGCUAUCAUGCUACGAUCACUGUUAGUGGAACACGAUCGGCGUCGUCAUUCGACGCCGUACACGUGAUCCAGUCUUCCAGUGCGAAGAUGAGCCAACCCGACGUUGCCAGGCCGGUCAGUGAACACACUACAACUCAACAACUCCACAGCAAGACUCCGGAAAAGACUAGCAGUGUCGAGCAGGGAUCGCAAGUUGGAUCAGCGAAGAUCGUUCGUGAAGAGGACCUCGCGGCCAAGAGUCAACCUCCGAGCUUGAUACCGCAAGAAGAACCGUCGACAGCAGAUCCUGACGCUCGACCCGCACAGGUUGGCUCCGUGAGUGCGUCAACCGACGCUGAAAACAUUGUUCCGCCUGUCGUUGAGAGCGCGAUCGCCAAGCAAAUCCAACCAGGAGUUGUGAGUCCGGUCAAUGAACAAACUGAAGGCAACCCAGCGGUUCAGAGUAGCUCCGAUCCUGAAAAUGUGCCUCUACACCUCCACAACGAGGCUCCGGAAAAUGCGAGCAGUGUCGAGCAGGGAUCGCAAGUUGGAUCUUCGAAGAUCGUUCGUGAAGAGGACCUCGCAGAGGGAAGUCGACCAACUGCAGAUCCUAGCGCUCAACCCGCAGAGAUUCUUGCGGUUCUAAAUGGCUCCGUGAGUGGGUCAACGGACACUGAACACGAAGUUCCACCUGCCGUUGAGAUCGUCCAACCCCAACAGAAUGAAACCGGGAAGAUCACUGGAAGCACUUCUGAAAUGGUUGCGAACGCGAAGCAAAUCCAACCAGGAGUUGUGAGGCCGGUCAAUGAACACGCUGAAGGGCCUGGAGGCGACCCAGCGGUUCAGAGUAGCUCUGAUCGUGAAAAUGUGCUUCAACAACUCCACAAGAAGACUUCGAAGGUAAUCCGUGAGGAGGACCGCGUGGCCAAGAGUCAACCACCGAACUUGAUUCCGCAAGGCGAACCAUCGCCAGCAGAGGGAAGUCGGCCAACUGCCGACGUAGCUUCACUUCCCACCAAAAGUCCUCCCAAUCGAUCCUCAACAGAAUUUGUGCACGAAGUUCCGCCUGCCGGAAUGGCGCCGACCGCGGAACAAAUCCAACCAGCUGUUGUGAAGGCGGAACCGUCGGAGGCUGGUUUUUCGAGCUUGUUGGCGUCGAUCGAUAAAUAUUUAGCGCUGUACGACGACAGUGACAGCGAUUCCCCCGCUCCUUCAGUUGCAAACUCCGGCACGAAAAGCGGUCCAUGCAGCCCGGACGCCGGUGAGAUCGCUACCUUUAGUGCAAAGGAUCCACAGAUCAACUCCGGACCGAUCUCAACCGAGCAGCGCGCAACGGGUCAAUCCGAUGUUGUGAAGCCGAUCAAUGUACCGAGUAGCUCCGGUCGUGUAGAUGUACCUCAACAACUCCACAACAAGGCUCCGGAAAAGACGAGCAGCAUUGAGAUCAUCCGUGAGGAGGACCUCGUGGCCAAGCGUCAACCUCCGAGCUUGAUACCGCAAGAAGAACCGUCGACAGCAGAGGGAAGUCGACCAACCGCCGACGCAACUUUGCCUCCCACCGAAGAUCCUCCAGCUCGACCCGCAAAGGUUGUGAAGGCGGAACCGUCCGAGAAAGUCAAGACGACUAGUUCUUCGAGCUUGUCGGCGGCGAUCAAUAAAUUUAUAGAGCUAUACGGCGACUUUGACAGCGACAGUGACAGCGAUUCCCCCGCUCCUUCAGUUGCGAACUCCGGUACGAAAGGCGCUCCGUGCUGCUCCGACACUGUACUCGUGUGCAACCGGCCUGGAGGCAACCCAACGGUUCAGCGUAACACUGAUCGUGAAAAUGUACCUCAACAACUCCACAACAACGCUCCGGAAGAGACAAGCAGUAUCAUCCGUGAAGAGAACCUCGUGGCCAAGAGUCAACCUCCAACCUUGAUUCCGCAAGAAGAACCGUCGACAGCAGAGGGAAGUCGACCAACCGUCGACUCAACUUUGCCUCCCACCGAAGAUCCUCCCGCUCGACCCGCAGAGGUUGUUGGACCGGUAGUAUCGCCUGCUAUCGAGAUCGCGACCGCGAAACAAAUAACACCAUCAGUUGACGCCAGUGAGACCGCUACCUCUAGUGCAAAGGAUCCACCGAUCAACUCCGAGUCGAUCUCAACCGAGCAGCGCGCAACGGGUCAACCCGAUCCGGUCAUCGGGCCCGGAGGCAACCUAGCCGUUCAGAGUAGCCCCGGAAGUGAAAACGUGAUCCAGACUUCCGUUCCGCAGGGUAACACUGUAACAUCGACGUCCAAAGCUACAUCAGUCAGCGAAGAGAGCCUUCCAAACAGUUCAGCACAAUACCGGUCACAAGCAUCAACCUCCGGUGAACUCGUUCCGGGUGCGUUUUAUUGGGAAGAGGACGACAGCGUGCAAGACGACUCACGAGACAGGUCGAAAUCGAAACCAGUUCGCCCAACGGUCCCGUGGAUCGUGUUCCGUCGCUGGCUCGCUCCCCACCAAACCCUCGAGCCGGUCAUCCGCCGUCACCUGGCCCUGGUCGCCACCCUCCGCCAUCGCUGGCCCCAACUAUUCCACCGCACGACAGCCGACGUCUUCAGCAACGUGAACUCACUCAACGACGCCAUCACCGCCACACUAUUCCCCGUCCUAAAACCAACGAACGCCGUCCGCGUUCUUCAAAUGCGCGCCAUGGUAGACCCGUUGGUCAUUCGAAUCGCGUACGGACUGACGCCGCAAGAGCUGGAACUAGCCCAGCAGGCCGUUAACCGUUCGCAUCGUCCGGUACUGGUGGAACGCAAAUGGAACAUUGUGCUCGAGUCGUCGGCAUCGGUUGAAGGCGGCGGCGGGUCGCCAGCGCCGAAGCGGAUCAAGAUCAGCGAAGCCGGCUCCAACAGCUAUACGGUGCAGAGCAACUCGCCCGUUGCGAUUUGUCUGUCCGACUCGGAGGACUCACCGUCGGUGGUAUUGCCCGUGCGGAAGAGACGCCAGCAGCGGGUGCGCACCGAACUGUACAAAUGA